ACAAUGCCUAUAUAAAGGGAACCCCUCCCUUAUCGAUCUUCACUCACAAAAACACAAGCAUUACUGUCUCAUAUAUACAUAUACGCAUAUCUAUAUAUAUACCAUGCUUAAUUAUAUAUAUAUAUAGGCAGACUGAGUCACUGAGGGAGGGUACAUUUUGAAACUGCAAAAGAUGGCUAGUUCUUCAAAGCUGAUCAUAGCUGGGGCGUUCUUGGCUUUGCUCCUUUUGGACGUUGCUUUUGCUGCUAGGGUACCUAAGGGGGUGCUGAACGGAAGUGGAGGUGGAGGAGGAGGAGGAGGAAGUGGUGGUGGUGGUGGUGGAGGGUCAGGUGGGUAUGGAUCAGGGUAUGGGUCAGGAUCCGGAUACGGGUCUGGUGGUGGAAUAGGAGGUGGUGGAGGUGGUGGUGGUGGUAGAGGAGGAGGAGGAGGAGGUGGAGUGGGUGGUGGAUCCGGGUAUGGGUCUGGGUAUGGAUCUGGAUAUGGAAGUGGAUCCGGAUAUGGAAGUGGUGGUGGUGGAGGAGGAGGAGGAGGCGGGGGCGGGGGCGGGGGUGGAGGUGGAGGUGGUAACGGUUCCGGAUAUGGUAGCGGAUAUGGGUCGGGUUAUGGGAGCGGGUACGGAGGUGGAUCAGGAAGUCAUCAGUGGCCAUGAAACAAUAUUUACAUGAGGUUCUUUCUUUCAGUUAGCAAAAUAUAAAAAUAUUCCAUCUAAUAAAGCAUGGACUUUCAGUGUGCAUGCAAAGUAUAUAAACGUAUUGUAGUUACUUUCCUGCAUGAAACUAUGAAAGUUGAGUUUUGUGUCUAUUAUUCUAUAUAACAUGGAUCACUGAUCAUUGUAAUUCCCAGUACCGUCUAAUACACCAAUAAAUUAGUUAAAUUAAGGUACUCUUUUUAAUUCAAGACGUGCUGAGGUUGCUGUUUCUCAUU